UGGGAGGAGGAGGAGGAGGAGGAGGAGAGCGCAGACCCUGGCGGACACCUCACCGCAGAGGACUCACUGCUCGGUUGGGACCUCUGGGAAUUCCUCCGAACCCUCCCGACUCUCCUUCGUCCGACUGAAAUGUUGCGAUGCUCCGCGCAGCCUCACCAAACGCGCGCCUGCUGUGGCUAACCGCCCUGUGCUCGCUCUUCCUGCCGGAGGCUGGCUGCAGGUCCGCCGGCGCAGACAGCUGUCAUGAGGUGAAGACGGCUUACAUGAUGCGCCAGAUCGGCCCCGCGGAGCUGGUGCCGGACAGACCGGGAACAGAUGAGCCUCUUCAAGUGUGUGUCCACUCUGGUCCCAGCUGCUGCACAAGUAAGAUGGAGGACAGCUACAUGUCAGCUGUUCGCAGCGAGACCCAGCAGAAGAUGCGCUCCUACAGCUUUGAGCUCAAGUACCUGAUUGCCGGUCACACCAAGGCCUUCCAAGAGACCUUCGAGUCACUUGUGUCCUUCACGUCCAACCUGACCAGCACUCUGUUCGACAGUGCCUACUCCGCUCUGGCAUCCGAUUGCCGCCCCCUUGUGUUUCAGCUGUUCACCGGCGUCCAACGCCACCUUUCAGGACAUGCUAAUUUGUCUCUGGACAACACGGUUCGUCAGUUCUACAACGACCUUUUCCCGCUGGUCUAUCGCCGCCUGCUCAAUCCCGGGAUCGGCCACACGUCAGCAGUAUCCCAGUCUUCCUAUUCCACCGAUCACGACGACUGUCUGCGGAUGACACAGCAGGACAUCAGCCCAUUCGGGACCCAUCCUCACCUCCUCGUCAGCAGCCUGUCCCGUGCGCUCGGCCCCGGUCGAGCACUGAGCCGGUUGUUGAGGCUGGCUGGAGAGGUCGUGAAUUCGACCGAGAGGGCGGCGUUAUCCAGAGAGUGUGGACGGGGGUUAGUGAAGAUGCAGUACUGUUCCCACUGCAGAGGACUGACUUUCAUACGGCCCUGUACUGGACUGUGUGUCAAUAUCAUGAGAGGAUGCCUGGUGGGUGUUUCUGAACUGGGCGCCCCCUGGGGAAGCUUGGUGGUAUUGCUCCAACGAUUAGCUGCUACUUUAGCAACCAGCAGCAACCACAACAGCAUGGAGUUGGCUCUUAUGGCAGUUCGAAACCACGUGAACGAUGCCAUUCUGCACGCACAACUGCAUGGCCCGCGAAUCACAGCUACAGUAGAGAAAGUUUGUGGGCCCCACGCACCUGGUUCCAUGAUCAGCAGUACAAGAUCAACCCAAGUACACACCACAACUCCAGAAACUUUACAAACCUCGAAAAGGUCGUCUGUGACUUCGCCUCCUUUGAUUCAACAACCGUCACAGCCACGGAAGUCAUUCCCUCUUAAAGGCUCUAAAGGAGACAAGAGUCGAAGCCUGAAAAAACUCUCAAGAGAGUUUGAGGGCUCCAUCCAGCGGUAUCGGUGGUUUUUCUCUGAGCUGCCUGAAAUACUCUGCGAAAGUGAAAUGGAGGUCGAGCAGCACACCUGCUGGAGCGGUCAGGAUGUUGUGGAAAGUUAUGCAGGUCGGGUUGUUGGCAGCACUUUAAAAGCCCAGAAGGAGAACCCAGAGAUGAGCGUACGCAACACAGAUCCUGUCCUCAAGGAGGCGAAACAGAGGCUGGAGCAGCAAACGCAGGAGCUGUUGGUGGAACUCGGCUGGACAAGCGAAGCAAGAAGAAGGUGGCAGGAAGAGGACAGAGGGAGCGCACGGACAGAUGAAAGCAGCGGGGACAGUUGUGACGACGAAGACGGCUGUGAAGCAUCUGGCGAGGGAAGCGGUGAUGAGACAUCCAGUGGACAAAGUCCUGAAGCAAAGAUCGUAGUUCGUACUCAUCAUUCUGCAGUGCCUCCACACCAACAGUCACCUCCACAGGUGGCUGUCCACGGCUCGGCCCACACGAUGACCUACGAACCUCUGACCGCGGUGAUUCUGCUGCUCCUGACUCUGUCUCCAUGGCAGCCGCAGUGACCAGGAAGAGACAGACGAGGUUGAACGACAACCACAUGCUGUAAGCUGUGUGGUGACACUGAGGACUUCCAGUUUCUGAACUGAACUCCUCUGAUUGUUUUUUUUUUUCUUGCUCCUGGUGGCCUGCCGGACGAGACGAGCUAUGGAUUUUCUACAUUUCCUGGUGCACAGUUUGCCUUUUUUUAUAUUAUCUAUAACUGAUGUCGUUUGCACUUA